UGCAACGUCGAUGGGUGUUUUGGGUUGGAUACAAAGUGAAAGAGAUGAAAGUGUUCAUUGAUCUGCACGGGGGGCCCUGCACGUGAUGAGUGAAAGGAUAACCUAACCCAACCAUCUUUGCAACAACCCCUAGCUUUAAUAUUUCUUGGGUAUCAACCAAUCUUCAUUGGCAAGUUAUACCACAUCACGAGAGACAAGACUAACCGACCCAGCCAAUGGCUUGACAGGCGAUGAUUUAGAAAUUCUGGAGUUGGAUUUCCUCUGACGUAACCAUUUUGAAUGCUUGUUGCCCUAGAACAUGCCUUUUUGCUUACGCAUGGUGAAGACUUCUUAAUUGGGUUUGGGGUAACUGCUUGCUUCUCUUCUCUUCUCUGUAAGGACCAAACUGUCUUUUAUAUGAGAAAACAGGCCAAUCUUGAAAAGAAGAGAAAUAACACCCAUCCUAUAUGUGUGUGUGUGACCAUUUCAUAAAUGAGAGAAGGGUCACACCUUUUCCUCAUAGGAUCUCAGUUAGGUCCCUUUUAAAUGCUCUCCCCCCCACCCUCUCUCUCUCUCUCUCUCUCUCUCUCUCUCUCUAGCAUACAUAAACAUGAUCUAUGGUGUGUGCCUCUUUCAACAGUUAAAUCCUCGCUAACGUAGAAGAAGCGCGAGUAUCAUGAUGGCGGAAAAUAUGGCAAGGAGAAGAAGUGCAUUCGCUUUCGCUUUCAUAAGGCUGGUGUCUUGUUUGAUGGUAUCGAGCGUAUAUGGAGAAUAUCCUCAUUUGGGUCAGAUUUUCAGAGGUCACUACGGCGAGCAAAUGCAGAAAAGCCAAGAGUUCAAGGCAUCGGUAUUUCGGCGUGAUUUGGUGUCUCUUGCAGCGUCCUCAGUCGCUCCCUCGACGCAGCCGGGGUCCUCAAGUCCAAGAGGAUAUUCGGUUACAUCCUACGGCGCAGAUCCAACAGGCAAUACAGAUAGCACAGACGCGUUUAUGUCAGCAUUAGCAGAUGCGGUUCAAGCUUCAGGAGACGGUGUCUUGAUGGAGGGGAUUACUAAUCUCGGAGGUGCUCAGAUUAGCCUUGAAGGAGGGAAUUACAUGAUUAGCCAUCCCCUGCGUUUCCCAACAGCUGGUGUCGGAAAUAUCGUGAUUCACGGAGGAACACUACAUGCAUCAGAUGAUUUCCCGACUGAUGGGUAUCUGAUUGAUCUAUCAGCGCCUUCGUCAAGUAAAUCUUCGUCGUCGUAUAACUUUGAGUACGUAACUUUCAGAGACCUCAUGCUGGACUCUAACUACAGGGGAGGCGGCAUUUUGGUUCCGAAUUCUCUUAGAACGAGCAUCGAUAACUGCUAUAUUGCCCAUUUUACCAGCAACGGCAUAUUAGUUCAGGGCGGCCACGAGACCUACAUCAGAAACUCCUUUUUAGGCCAACACAUCACUGCAGGUGGAGAUCCUGGAGAGCGUAACUUCUCUGGCACGGCCAUUAACUUAAUGGGCAACGAUAAUGCCGUGACCGACGUGGUUAUUUUCUCAGCCGCCAUCGGCAUAAUGGUGUCUGGUCAGGCUAAUGUGAUAACAGGGGUACAUUGCUAUAAUAAAGCGACGGGCUUUGGUGGAACUGGGAUCUAUUUGAAGUCGCCCGGUAACACGCAAACCCGGAUACUGAAUUGUUACUUGGACUACACUGGAAUAGUCUCCGAAGACCCAGUACAGAUAGAUAUCUCCAAUUGUUUCUUCCUCGGCGAUGCCUACAUAGUGUUGAAGUCGAUAAACGGUGUUGCUAACGGAGUGAAUAUCAGGAACAACAUGUUUAGCGGAUCGAAUAAAGGGAUUGACAUCCUCCAGCUGGAUCAAUCGAAUGGUCCUUUUAAGGAAAUUGACCAAGUUGUGAUCGACGCAAACAAUGCGAACGGGAUGACUGUGAGAUCUACAGUCGCUAGGGGUUCUGCACAAGGGAAUGGGACCUCAUGGACCGUCGAUUUCAACUCGACUCUUUUGUUUCCGGAUCUGAUAAAUUACAUCCAGUAUUCGUUGAGAGCGAGCGGCGGCUCUUUCCCAAACCAUUGUGUGAGGAACGUGUCGAGGAAUAGUGUGGUCGUCGAGUCUGAUGUUGCUGUUUCCGCCAGUGUUUUUGUCAUGGUAGAACAAGGCAAAUAGCUACCAAGUUAACCUCAUUGAAUUCUUCGGUGUUAAAUGGCCAAAAGGCAAAAAGAACAAAAUUUCUAUGUUUGUGACUCUCGUCGGAAGAGAACAAAUUGGACCUGCCAACUGUGAAUAGUCUCUGCAAGAGAAAUGUCAAUACAUACAAUCCAAUUAAUUUGGAACACUGUCAAUUACAGUUUAGAAGAGUCGUGAAUGUUGGUUAUGUU